UUAUGCAAAUCGCCGGCGAGACCUGCAACCAACUAUAAAGUGGGAGACAAGGUCUGGUUAGACCUUCGGAAUAUUCGCACUGACCGACCAUCUAAGAAGCUUGAUGCCCGCCAUGCGAAGUAUACGGUAUUAGAGAAGAUUGGCUCUCAUGCCUACCGGCUUGAUACUCCACUAGGAAUCCACCCCGUCUUUCAUACAAGCCUCCUACGGCCUGCAAAUAACAACCCACUCCCUAGUCAGAUCCGAACUGAUCCACAGCCCCCUGCGAUACUAGGAAAUGACAAUGAUGAAGAGGAGUUUUUGGUCGAGGAAAUCCUUGAUGAACGUCAUCAACGUUGGGGACGAGGAUACCGUCACCAAUAUCUGGUCAAAUGGGAUGGUUAUCAGCAACCAACAUGGACUGCAGCAAAGAAUAUGGAAGAUACAGUUGCCCUUGACGUUUGGGAGGCCAGGAAGGCUCAUCGCCAGGGGGAUACCAAGACUCAACGCCAACAGUCAAAUUGA